AGUCGGACCCGGACACCGACAGACCGACCUAGUCCGAGCCCUACAAAUCUCGCGCCGCCGCCGCUGCUCUGCUUUCUUCUUCCAACCUAUUUCCCUUUCCCGCCGCUGCUCUCACCGCGAACCCUACGCGCCGCCGCCGCCGCCGCCGCGGCUGCGCACGUCGAGCAGCCCGCGAUGGAGAACGCCUGCGAGGCCGGCCUGCCGCUGUCGGUGGCCGUGUCGGUGCCGCCGGUGAUGGUUGACGGGGAGACGGUUCCGAAGGAGGUGGAGGAGUGCGAGGACGAGGAGGAGGAGGAGGAGUACGCCGGGGAUGCGCCGCCGCCGUGGAAGGUGAUGGGUUCGGAUGAUGAGGGCGAGACGGAGGCCGGCGAGGAGGAGGAGAUUGCCGAGGCCGACGGCGAGGAAGAGGCGGCGGACGUGGAGGAGGUCGAGUACGAGUUCUACGACAGCGACGGCAGCGAGGACGAGGGCGACGGCGAGGAGGUUGACCCGGCGGUGGCGAGCGCCGCGCAGUUCGUGCCGGAAGGGCAGUUUCUUGGGUCGGCGCAGUUCGCCGCCUACGGCUGCGCCGCCGGCUUCAUGCGGGUCGCCGCCGUCGAGGCGGACCCGGCCGACGGCCAAGAGAUCCUCGUGCUCUACCGCUACACCCUCCUCAAGAGGGCAUGGAGCGAUCCGGCGGGCGUGGAGCUGUCCAUGUGGGCGAAGGUGUCGAAGAUACACCGCCUCCGGUUCAUCGUCCCGGCCUCCGGCGACCCGGCGAGCUCGCUGCCAUUCGCCGGGCUAUCUCUGUCCCCGCUGAUCUACCACAACGACUACGUCGAGGAGCUCGAGACGCUGUGGUCCAAGCUGGCGGCGCAGGUGCGCGUCCCGCCGGUAGCCACGCGCGUCCAGGUGAUCGUCGACGUGGGCAUCCUCAGGGCGGGGGACAACACGCCGGAGCGCAGGGAGUACAUGCGCGCCGAGCUGGAGGCCAAGAAGGAGAUGCCAUGGCCGGGGAAGCUCCUCGGCAUGGAGCUGCACGUGCCGGAGCCGGUGGUGGCGGCGGCGGCGUCGUGCAAGAGGGACAGCAGCGAGGAGGUGUUCGACGACGCGCCAGCGCCGCCGGCGAAGCGGAGGAAGGUGUUCGACGCCGGGGAGGAGUGCCCCGUCUGCCUGGACGAGCUCGAGGACGGCGUCGUGGCGUGGCCUGGGUGCUCUGUCGCCCAUGUCUUCCAUGGCCAAUGCUUGGAGACAACUCUCAAGGGGAGCCAGAUGUGCCCUAUCUGCAGGCGUGAUCUUGGCCUGAAAACCUUGCAGGAGUAGACUGAUGUUGCAGACUUGCAUUUGAAACAGAAUGAAUGAAUGAAUUGUAGGUUGUAGUAGCAGAUUGAUUGUUCUGCAGUUGUAGCCUUCAAUUCGAUCGAUUUCUUGUGUGAAUCUGGAGCAUUCUUCAGAGUUCAUACACAUGGUUCACUGUAAAAUUUGUUCCAUGGAUUAUACUAUAUAUGUUGUUUCUGUUC